AGAUGGCACCCUUAGUUUGGCCACAAGCUGAUUGGCAGAUAUUUUGACCACCAGGUGAGCAUCGUAGCUCGAGCAGCUGUUCGAAGGCGGAAGCCAGACGGGGCCGGGCCGGAGCUCCGGAUGGAUCGGAGACACAGAUACAGCGCUCUCGGAGAGCGGGAGUCCUAGACUCCAGGCCCUGUUCGCUGAGCUCUAUCUUCGGAUGUCCGUCGGCCAAGAGCCUGCAUGCGCCGUGGGGCGCCCCAGGACCAGGAGCUGGUGGGUCCGGGGGCCCCUGGGCGGGGGUCCCGAGGCGCCACCCCUCUGUCGGGACCCGUUGUCCCGGUCCUCGUCUUUCCCCCGGAUCUAGUGUUCAGGGCGGACCAACGGAGUGGACCCCGACAGCUGCUGACCCUUUAUAAUCCCACAGGAACUGCGCUUCGCUUCCGAGUCCUGUGCACAGCCCCUGCCAAAUACACUGUGUUUGAUGCCGAAGGAUAUGUGAAGCCUCAGUCCUGCAUUGACAUUGUCAUUCGCCACGUGGCCCCCAUUCCCAGCCACUAUGAUGUCCAGGACCGCUUCCGCAUUGAGCUGUCUGAAGAGGGAGCUGAAGGCCGAGUGGUGGGACGCAAAGACAUCACUUCAGUUCUAAGGGCCCCAGCCUACCCUCUUGAGCUCCAGGGUCAGUCUGACCCAACGCCUCGUCCAGGGCCUCCUGUCUGGACUGCACCACCCACGGCCAGACACUUCCAGGAGAACCCCCACCAACAACUGGCCACCAGCUCCUUCCUCCUCUUCUUGCUGACGGGCAUAGUCUCUGUGGCCUUCCUGCUGCUCCCACUCCAGGAUGAACUUGGCAGCCAGCUGCCUCAAGUCCUGCACGUCUCUCUGGGACAAAAGUUGGUGGCAGCCUAUGUCUUGGGUGAGCACACUAGUAGCUUGAGAUCCAGGCCCCAGAGAAGGGCCUUCUCACCAUGGUGUUCCUCCGGACCUGAGCUCCCUGAUCCACCUCAGCCUACCCCAUCCAAGCACGGACUUGAGGCAGUCACUGUGAUGCUCAGGCCAUGCCUGCCUUGCCUUGGAUCCUACUCUUUUAUCUCCUUCCUGCCCAUUCUUCCCGUCCCCCCCAAAAUACCCAGGGAUUUGUACUCAUUUUCCAAGUUGAAGAAGAUACAUUUUUAAAAUAAAAAUGAGAAAUGUAAGGUA